CAGUAUAAACUGACCAUGGAUGCAGGGGUAACAAACAGAACUGUUCCACUGUUUCUUUUGUCCGGUCCUCUCCUGGCAGUGAGAGAUGAUGAGAGUGGAGGGCACCAAAUAAAGAGGAACUGCAGGGGCUCUCAGAAUCCACACGGAAUAUCUCUAUCUAACUCUUCCACCACGUGUAAAGCUGUGAGGAUGGAGAAAUCUGCACUGCUGCUGUUUUGUUGCCUGGUCAUGUCUUUAUCAGGCUCCCCGCUCUACCACCCAUCCAUUAGGUUCGGCCAGAGGGAUACAUCCAUCCUGAUGACAUCUUCUAUAAAGAAUCCAGCAGAGCAGCUGGAGGAAGACACGAGCCCCCCCAGGGAGCGAGCAGAGUUACGCUCAGGACGACACGCUGAUGCCAUCUUUACAAACAGUUACAGGAAAGUCCUGGGCCAAAUCUCUGCCAGGAAGUUCCUUCAGACGAUCAUGGGCAAACGGCUGGGAGAUGAAAGCUACAUGAAACGUCAGUCGGAUAUCUAUGAAGGGACCUAUAAAGAAGACCUUACAUCCAUCCAGAGCAACCAGAGAUAUAGAGGCGUGCGCGGGGAUGUCAUGAGGUCAAGGCUGCUGAGUUGAGAUUGGUGGAUCAAACACACUGAAGCUCCUCGCCACUGCACUAUUCAUAACCAUCACUGCUUGUUUUCUCAUACUCCCUCCGACCUGUUCUUUACACAUGGAAAUGAUAUUGUCAUUUUUGUAUUGCCAAUAAAGCUGUGAAGAAAACCA